CUUUCACCAGCUUGCUUUGCACGUUGGUCUACUCGAAAAUGACGUUGCGACGCCGUCUCGCCCAGACCAGACGGCUACAUCGUCCGACGCCCUCGCUGUGCAACUGGAAAGAGCGACCCCAGUACAGAGUCACACAGAGAACGAGCAGGCGCCUUCGCCAGAGAAAAACUCGGUCGACCGCCAAGAUGACCUUCAUUUGUAGCAACGUGGUCAUUUUACAGCAAAUGCAGGUGCAGCUUCGUCUUCCCCGCGUCCGCUCCCGCAAGAGGGAGAAGAUAAAUUACAGCGUGGUCCCGCAGACCUACGCGGGAAAGCAAAUGCGAAAGCAAAAGGCAGUUGUCCACAGCGGCAGACCUGAUCCUUGAAAAUGAAGCUAGACAAAGCGGACGGAACUGGGUGUGCGUGUCCCUUGCCAUGGUUAUCCUGCAGAUACUGACGAUUGUAGCAAUCCUUUCCGCUAGUAGUUCGAACCCGACCUGUUCCGAUGAGUCCGCAGACAUCUGUCCACUCGGUAUGUGGUGCAAGGCCAGCCUGGGCUUCUGCACCUCGUGCUCGGGAUGGUGCCAAGGUAUGCGUGACGAGCUACUCGAUGGCGUCGCCUGGGAGCAACACGUCGAAGCGAAAGUAACAGAGCGAAUGACUUCUGGAUCUUAUGCUGUGGAGACGACAUCAGCAUUGCGAAGUUACGUGUACUCCGAUGCGUUUUACGAUCGAGAAUUGAUGGAGGAUUACUUUGUGCCACGAAAACAAAAGGCGGAAGUGGAUGCCGGACGCGAGAACGACGGGCACUUCUCGCGCCCUACUGAUUUCGGACAUCCCAGCGAUGUGCUGGCGCUGCUCGGCACCAACCUACACCCCAAACUUGAGAAAACCUGCUUUGGGGGCAAUCGCGAAAACGCUUCAGAACAAUACUUCGACCUUGACCUCAGGUGAAAUCGCGGCUGACGAAAAUUCCUUGAUUGCAAACGUGGCACUGGAAGAAAAGAGACGCUUUCGCUCAAACAGUCAGGCCGCGCUCCAUGUGCUGAAAAAUGAGCUACGUCCCGAUGGGUAUUUUGUGAUUUUCAUGAGCAGCAUUGUUGUUGCACUUGUCAUCUGUCGCGAAAUCCCUGACGUCCUGCUCUGCGAAAUAGCCCUAGACAGGGCUCAGGAGCGCGAGCUUUUCCCCACUGCCUCACAACGGGAAGCACUACAAAUGGAGGGAGCUUUAGCAUCCGAUUCACACCGCCCGCGAGCUCCGGGAGGAGCAGGAAGGUCCUCUGACCCGAGGACUUUAAGCGGCGAUUCGCGGUCUUUGUUGCCAUCUGCGGCGAUUCGCGGUGGCUAUGCUUCUCAUUUUCAUUGUCCCUAAACUGGUGAUCCAUCAGGGCCGCGAUUCGCUGGCCAUCUGCUUGAACGCCGUCGCAGUUCUUUUCCUGCUCGAAAUCGACAACUUCACUUCGCGUAUUCACAGGGUGUAUCUCAGAAACUGAAAGGUGCGUUCGAACUGGUCGGGCACUUACGACUCACGGAGCCGGAGCUUUGUCGAGUCACUGAUCGCAACCGUGUCUAUUUCUUGAUCACGCCUUGCGCGGUGGUCCUAAUCAUUCUGCUACAGCAGAUCCCGCUCAGCUUAGGGAAGCAACCAAUUCCGUUCACAAUCCGGCACUUUUCCUACAUUAUCAUGUCCAGCAGCGGACCGGGUCUUGUGGAAGACCUAAUUGUUCGAAGAACAACUACAACAUCUUCCUCCAGCUGCGACGUAGAUCACGCAUCCGCUAUCCGUAGUUCAAGGAAUACGAAAGUCGUUUUCGUACGCGAUCUCCUGACUUUCGCGGCGCGUACACUGACAGGCUAUAUCGCUGUCGGAAUCGCCAGUCUCUGGACUUGGGUCCGAUAGAACUCGAUGUCGUCAAUCGAUUUCGUAUCUAUGUUGUUGUUGUUGUUGAUCAGAUUGCAAAAAUUUUGAAGAGACUCAUUUUUACAUUAUACGCAGCAAGUGCAUCAUCUAGGUCUACAACUUCCUUUACUUCUAUUAACUCCUGUAACAUGGAUUUGUGGCGACAGAAACUACCCGCAGACUUGCUUUUGUUGGCGAAGUGAACCGCUCGCGCCUGUUUCCAGUCUCGUGAGACCAUUCGAAUCGACGCACCUCCAGCUGAGUUGGGAGAUAUCGCUCGCUCAAGAAAGUGUACUCCGUAGCGAACGACAAUGUACAACUAUGUGAGAAACGUUUUUGGUGUAAGAAUCUCCUCCUGUGCAGCUGCAGUACCUGGACAAGCACGAGCAAAAGUCCGUUUGAGUGCUACCAGUGUAACUCGUUGUGACGUGGAGGACUGUCAAAGCUGGUAUGGCGAAAUUCUGUCCUUAAGAAUUCUUUUGUCGUGGUAGUCCUGAGAAUGAUUAUGACUGCAGCUGCACAUCGGUACCUUGCAAUAUUGGUCGUCGACGAUGCUGUGUAUAUCUAGACCACGAAGAUGUUAUUGUGAUGCAGAUGCUGAUGAUCGAAAUCGAAAAUGUCGUAGUCGUGCCUUAUGAAACACUGUCGAACUACUACUCAUAGGAUCUUGCACGACGUGUAACAAGGGUAAUACCUAAAUCAUAUUGAGAGUGUGUGACCAG